AUGGGUGACAAACGGGCGGAAAUUAGGGCUCAGAUUAACGACCUCUUGAAUGCCAAGGGCGAACGGGAAAGGAUACGUGAGAUGAUUGAAAAGAAGCUAGUGGAAUGCGGUUGGAAUGAUCGAGUUAAAGGCGCCUGUAAGGAGUUCAUUCGCUCUAAAGGCGUUGACGUCGUCAAUGUUGACGAUGUUGUAGAGGCUGUAGCUCCCUCAGCUCGAGGCACUGUGCCUCCGGAAGUCAAGGCGUCGGUGUUGGAGUAUUUAAGGAAAUUUCUCGCCAAAAAUGGCGUUGAUGUUGACUAG